CGUACUCGUUAUUUACUUAUUUGUACAAGUAAACACCAGUAUUGAAAAAUUGGAACAAACAUAUUUUAUUUUUUAGCGAUCUAUGAAUAGAGAUGUGAUGUCAAGAGAAGAAGAGAAAUGCGAAGCACUACAACGAGCGUUAUUGGACUGCCACCGUCGUAUCCCUUCCGGUCCAGGUCGUAACUCCGCCUGUCGUCACCUCAACAACGCCCUCGCCAUCUGUCUUGUUUCAUUAGCUUGCCCUGAACAAUCUGAAGCGGUGCGUACUCUCUGCUCCAGCGCCGGCACCGCUCUUAAACGCCGUCAAUGUCAACAGGCUCAGAUUUCUCUCUCGCUAUGUCUUGAUUCUCACUCAAAUCCCUAACGAGUUCGCUAGCACCGUUGAGGAAGGGAGGAUGUUCAAGGCUUUGAUCCUUGAUGCACCAAACCUCUUCCCCAAGCUUAUGCCGGCUAUUAAGAGUAUUCAAUUUGUUGAAGGCAAUGGUGGCCCCGGAAGCAUUCAAAAGAUCACCAUUGUUGAAGGUGAUAGCAUCAAAUAUGUGAAGCAUAGAAUUGAUGCCAUAGACAAAGAGAAUUUGAUAUAUAAUUAUGCAGUGAUCGAGGGCGAUGCUAAGCCGGAAAUGCUGGAAUUGGUUUCACAUGAGGUCAAGAUUGAACCUAGCAAAGAGGGUGGUUGCAAGAUCAAGAAUGUUAGCAAGUAUUAUCCCAAAAAAGGGUUUGAGAUCAAAGAAGAGGAUUUGAAGGAUGCCAGGGAGGAAGCAUUGGUUAUUCUCAAGGUAGUUGAUGCAUAUCUUGUGGCUAAUCCAAAAGCCUAUGCUUGAAGUUAUCUUAAAUUAUCUUAAGAGGAAGCUUUCAGUUUAAUAAGCUAUAAGCUAUAGUUUACUUUGAAGCCAAUUAUGAUAUGGCUAAUAAUAAGACUUAAUUGUGUUUGUUUUCUGUUUAUUGGGGUUUGAUGGUUAUGAUACACUAAAAUUUAUUGCUAUAUAUGUGUUUGUUUUGAUAAGCAUUUGAUAAAAGGGAUUUUGUCAU